GCGCAGCUGCAGCUCUUGCGCUCUCCUGGCUUCCUAAGUUCCAGGGGCUCCUAAAGCCAGGCAGCGCCCGCAGCGGAGCCCGACUGAGGAGAUCCAUGCUCACGGUACCUCCAUCAGGAAGUCAGAAGGAGGACAGAGAGAGAAAGCACCAUGUCUUCAAUUGCAGCUUACUACAAUGGAAAGACCGUACUCAUCACAGGAGCCACAGGCUUCAUGGGAAAAGUACUGAUAGAAAAGCUGCUGCGCUCCAGCCCUGAUGUGGAAGCUGUAUAUAUCCUUGUGAGGCCAAAGGCAGGACAAUCAAUGCAAGAGAGAGUGGCAAAUAUGGUGAAAUCCAAGGUCUUUGACAGAGUCCGGGAAGAUUGUCCUAACUUCCAGGAGAAGAUUAAACCUAUUAAUUCAGAACUCACCCAGCCAAAUCUGGCCAUCAGCACCAAGGACUCACAAGAGCUCUUGUCCAGGGUCAAUAUUGUCUUCCACUGUGCAGCAACUGUUCGCUUUGAUGAGCCACUAAAACAUGCCCUGCUGCUGAAUGUCAUGGGCACACAACAGCUCCUGUUGCUGGCCCGGCAGAUGCAGAAGCUUGAGGCCUUUAUCCACAUCUCCACUGCCUAUGCAAAUUGUAAUAGGAGAAAUAUCGAUGAAGUCAUCUACCCUCCACCUGUUGAGACCAAGAAGCUCUGCGACUUAGUGGAGUGGAUGGAUGAAUCAAUCAUUCAAGAGAUCACACCCAAGCUGAUUGGGGACUGGCCCAACACAUAUACCUACACCAAAGCCUUGGCAGAGUACCUGGUCCAGCAACAGAAAGAGCACUUCAACAUUGCCAUCAUCAGGCCAUCCAUCGUGGGAGCCAGCUGGCAUGAGCCUUUUCCAGGUUGGAUUGACAACUUCAAUGGAGCAAGCGGAAUGAUUAUUGCGGCUGGUAAAGGCAUUCUGCAAACUGUCAAAGUCAAUCAUGAUGCAGUAGCUGAUCUGAUUCCAGUCGAUGUUGUCAUCAACCUCACCCUGGCGGCUGGGUGGUACACUGCAGUUCACAGACCAAAAUCAAUGCUGGUAUACAACUGUACAACAGGUGGAAUCAACCCUUUCUGCUGGGGAGAGAUAGGAUACCAUGUCAUAUCCACAUUCAAGAGGAACCCUCUUGAACAGGCCUUCAGAAUACCCAGGGCUCAGACGACCUCAAACUACCUGAUAAACCAGUACUGGAUAGCAGUCAGUCAUAAGGCUCCAGCCAUGCUCUAUGACUUGUACAUGAGGUUAACAGGAAGAAAGCCCAGGAUGAUGAAGAUCUUCAAUCGGCUGCACAAGUCUAUGAUGCUGCUGGAAUAUUUUACCUGUCAGUCCUGGGAGUGGUCUUCUGAUAAUAUGAACAUGCUAAUGGCCCAGCUCAGUCCAGAGGACAGGAGAUUAUUCAACUUUGAUGUGCGCCAGCUGCAUUGGUCAGAAUACAUUGAAAAUUAUUGCAUAGGUGCGAAGAAGUAUCUGCUGAAUGAGGACAUGUCUGGGAUUCCUGCAGCAAAGCAGCACUUACGAAAGCUAAGGAACAUCCAGUAUGCAUUCAACACCACCCUCCUUGUGAUCAUCUGGCGCAUUUUCAUUGCAAGGUCACAGAUGGCUCGCAACAUCUGGUACUUCGUUGUGAGCCUCUGCUAUAAAUUCCUUUCCUAUUUCAGGGCAUCAAGCACCCUCAGACAUUGAAAUAGUCCAUCAGCAGUCAACCUCUUCCAAAAGGACCUUCCUCUCCUCUAAACAGCAUCUGUGGGCAUCUGGGCUUGAAAGUAGCAAGGAAUUCACCACCACGAACAGCAGCCUGCAGUCCAUCUGUCCUGUUAAUCCGAUCACAAUUAUCUUUUUACUAAUGCUUUAACAUGUGUGAUGGUCUUUCCUCCAUAGGACCAGGCUAAUUUAAAGCCAUAACUAAAGCUUUAGGCACUGGUCAUUCUAGGUGUCUUGUCUAGUUUCUAUGUGUAAGACGAUGGAUUAACCAAAGCUGCCAUGUUUCUAUCCAAAGUGUAAGACCUAGACACUCUCAUCCCCAUUUCCCUCUUUAGUAGUUCCAGACUUUAACGGCAUAGAAAUUAAGAAAGAAAUAUGAUGGGACAAGGGAAUAUCAAAGAAAUAAAUCAGUGAGAAGUUUUCUUAAAUGCAAUUCAUAAAGACUAGCUCAAUUAAACCAAAUGGACCAAAUAUUUGAUUAGAUUAUGAAAUGAUGUUUUCCAUGUCACUCAAAGCUAAGUAAUGAAAAAAGUAAACUGUGGAUGGCUGAUGAAUGUGGUUUAGAUCUCUUUUAUGUUGCUAAGAACUGAUACUUUCAAGCCCUCAUUGAAGAAGUAUACAGAAGCUAGAUUGUGUUCAUGCUGAC